GCCAUGUACCGUGGUAUCUUGAUCAUGACUUGCAUAUAUAUUGUACUGCAGUACUGAGGGUUGAACACAAAUCACCCUCGCAAAUACUGCACCAUAGUACUAGAGAAAGAUACAGCAUGGCUGACGUAGGCGCACAGGAGAAAAAACCUGUACCUUUGGAUGAAAAAUAUUACAGCAAUAUCACACCGGAAGAUAUUGCCUUUCUCAAGUCAGAAACUGGAAUUGACGACGACGAGACCUUGAAACGUCAUAUCUUAGCUGUGCAAGCUGAAGCAUACAAGGUUCACCCUUAUACUUGCAUACGGAUACUGAGCUUUACCCAGACGCUGAUAUCGAAGAUACCUCCCUACGAUCACCUUCUUAAGCUUGGCCGCGAGCGGAAGGAUGCCAUCUUCAUCGAUGUCGGAUGCUGCUUUGGCGCUGACCUUAGGAGAGCUGUGGCUGAUGGCUACCCUGUCGAAAAUGUAUUAGGCACUGACCUGCAUCCAGAAUUUUGGAAAUUAGGUUAUGAACUAUUCAAUUCUCCCCACGAAUCUUUCCCUGUGCCGUUCGUAGCUGGUGACGUUUUAAAUCCGUCUCAUCUACAGGUAGUCCCGCCGUUUUAUGAUGCUGUGAAGACCCCAGUGCCCGACCUAAAGAGCCUGACUUCUUUAAACCCACUCCACGGGCACGUAUCAGCCAUCCACACCUCGUCUUUCUUCCAUCUCUUCACAGAGGAGCAGCAACUUGCUAUCGCACGUGGACUUGCAUCGCUUCUCUCCCCUCAGCCCGGAUCCAUGAUAUUUGGUUUUCACGUUGGCAAACCGGAGAAAGGCAUUUUGGACAGGGCAAGGCUAAGCUAUGAUAUGUUUUGUCAUUGCCCAGAGAGUUGGACUGCAAUGUGGGACGAGAUAUUCGAGAAAGGCACAGUUCGCGUUGAUGCAAAGCUCCAGGAGAUCACUUUGGAUAACAUAGCGUUUGAGCUCGGGCUUUCACCAGGACACUCUGCCCCCAAGUUCUGGGUGCUGAGAUGGUCUGUAACGAGGCUCUAAUGCCGUCUUUCCGUCGGUUGUGUAACAUUGCACUAUAUCUUGACUGUUGUAUGUUGAUCGGUGUACUAAGCUUAUCUCCAAGGUCGUAGGCGUUUACGAAUGUAUUGUUAAGAUCGAAUGUCGUGUCAGACGUGGUCGAGGUCAGCGACCGUGAGCGUGGGCUUUCGAGUUGUGUCCCGCCUCACUGCCUGUCGGAUCUGUUAUUGUGUUGACGAUCUUAAUGCAUAUCAGUG